CCCGGCCUCCGUACUUCCGGGUGUGGGUGUGGACUCCGGUGACUUCAGCAAUAAUGGAGGAAAAUCUCCUCUGCUUUUAGAAAACAGCUCGUUUUCGAUCCCGUUUGUAUUUUUCUGAUCUGAUCCCGAAGCUGGAAUGUUGUCAGGAUGGGAAACCUGUUUGGAAAAAAGAAACAGUCCCGCGUGACGGAGCAAGAUAAAGCUGUUCUGCAACUGAAGCAACAGAGAGACAAACUGAGGCAAUAUCAGAAGAGGAUCAACCUGCAGCUGGAGAAGGAGAGACAGGUGGCCAAACAGCUGCUGAAGGAUGGGAAGAAAGAGAAGGCCCUCGUCCUGCUGAAGAAGAAGCGAUACCAGGAGCAGCUCCUGGAUAAGACGGAGAACCAGAUCAGCAACCUGGAGCGGAUGGUCCAGGACCUGGAGUUCGCUCAGAUCGAGAGAAAAGUCCUCGACGGCCUGAAAGUCGGAAACGAGUGUCUGAAGAAAAUGCACGAGGUGAUGUCGAUCGAAGAGGUGGAGAGGAUCAUGGAUGAAACCCAAGACGCCAUCGAGUACCAGAGGCAAAUCGACGACAUGCUGGCUGGUUCCUUAUCGCAGGAGGAUGAGGACGCCGUCCUGGCUGAGCUGGAGGCCAUCACUCAGGGAGACGUCCAGCUUCCAGACGUUCCUUCAGAGCCGCUGCCAGACGUUCCUGAAGCUGCUGAGAAGAAUCUAGUUUCAGAGAAGGACGGACCCAAGAAGAAGCGGGAGCUGCUCGCUGCGUAGGAGCAGAACCGACGUCCGACCCAAAGCCGGCGCCUCCCACCGCACACGCCUGCCGGCUGCUGUGGGUCAGAUCUGCUCGGCAGGACCGGUCGCCUGGUGAACUUUGACCUGUGAAAUCACAUAAUUGUGCCUGAUAUUCCUGUUUACUGAUGCAGAUCGUGCAUGCUGAGUGUAAUCACAUGAACCUUCAAUGAGGCGGGUCACUUCUCCCAGAUUCCCUCAGAUCAACAUGAACUCAGUCAUCCGGUUUCAUCCGGUUUUAUCUGGUCGGUUUGCUUUUAUUUCUGAGAAAUCCCAGGAAGAUUUCAUCAGCAUUUAUUGCAAGACAUUAGUUCAUUAAAAUCUUAAAAGCCAUAAAAAUUAGGUUUUGAUUUGAUUUUCCAUUUAAUCUGAACUUGUUUUCUCUAUAAUCUGGGGGAAGUGACCUUUUAAUCCCCUGGAAAUAAAAGAAACGCUGCCUCAUCCUGGAAGUUUUUCCCUAAAAACCGGAACGUCUCCAUCCAUCCUGGCCUUCUGACCCCCCCAGGCAGAUAAUCCAAUCUGAUAAAUGUGGAUUAGCCUUGAAGGAAGGCUCACCGUUUCUCAUAUCGACUCACCUGACACCCAGAGUAUUUUUAACGCUGUAAUUAUUCUAACGUACCUGAACUUUUAUUCCUGGAGGCUUAAGUUGGAUUAUUAAUCUGUAAAUCAUUAAAACUGACUAACCCAUCUGAUGGCAGCAUCUCAGUGAUUGUCUUUAAGUUGGAUUUUCUGUACAUUGUUUUUACAAUAAAAAGCAUUUUUAUUGUUAAAUAUAAA